GCAAACAAGCCUCGAGACAGCCGAAGAGCGACGAGCCGAAGUGAACAAACCGGCGCGGGGCGCCAUUACACUCGAAGUGUCUGUGAACGUGACUGUGUCUGCUAUUCGCUCGUUUUUCUCUCCGUCGAUCGUGUAAGGACGUGGUUACUGCGCAGUGUGAGGUUUCCAACCAGGAAAGGAGUGACUUAGGAAGCUGAACGAGGUCUUUGAGUUCACUACGUCAUGGGGGCGAGGUCCCGGGAGAUAAUACUGCUUUUGGCAGUAUGCACAUUUGCAUUCGGAUCUACUACGAAGGCCGCUACAAAGAAAGUAAACGAAACGGAUGAUUUUCUCGACCAGUAUGGUGAUUAUGACGCUGAUCAGGAGGUUCUCUUCAACGAAGACACGCCCUGUCCAAGAGACUGCAGUUGCACUCUAUCCCAAGGAUACAGAAUGGCUAAAUGCAAUCGUCUAGAAAUAGGGACCCAGAAAUUCGGCGCCGAUAUCACAGAUCUGUUAGUCGAAAAUUCUGAUCCGGAGUUCCCUAUUCAGCUCACUGAAAAUAUAUUUGUCACUCUUGGUCUCACCAAGGUCUCAACAAUCAAGAUUGUGAAUAGUCCUAUCGACUAUAUUGAUCCCACUGCAUUCCAUGGACUGAAAGAUUUGUACUCUUUGACUCUAACAAACAACCAACUGAAAGGGAUACACCCUGAAACGUUCAUAGAAAACAACAAACUACUCAUCGUUACUCUUUCUGAAAAUCCAUUGAAACUUCCCACAGCCGGCAGUAAAGAUAUUUUCUUGAACGCCUCCUCUGUUCAAGAGCUUAGUCUAUCUAAUUGCAAUUUGCAAUAUCUUGGUACCAACACCUUCAGCCAAUUACCCAGUUUGAUGUAUUUAGACUUAUCAAGAAACGAAAUAGUUGGUUUACAUCCUGAUAUUUUCAAGAGCCUUUUGGAUCUAGAAGAACUAGACCUCAGUGACAACAAGAUAAAAACACUUCCAAGUGAUAUUUUUGCUGAAAAUACAGAAUUGGCGACUCUUCACAUAGACAGAAACCCUAUAGAUUCAGUAUAUGGAUUGAAUAUGUCUUCUCUGUUAACACUUACUGCAGCCACAACUAAAAUCAGAUUCGUUGGACCAUCAAGUUUUAACGGUGUGACUUAUUUGGCUAAUCUUAAUCUUAGCGGAAACAAUAUUGAAAAAAUCCACAACCAAGCCUUCCAUAAACUGAAAGAUCUUAAUUACCUGGACCUUUCUUACAACAAUCUGAAUUUCAUAUCUAACGUUCUAAUAAAAGAAAACAUCGAAUUAGACGUUUUCAAAAUUUCGAACAACCCCGAAUUAAAACAUUUGCCAGAGGAAGGUUUCAACAGCUCGGCUGAAGUAUUUAACAUUUACUCUUUUGAUGCCUCUAACUGCGGCCUUGAAGAAAUCUUCGACAAUUCGCUUAAAACAUUCACAGCCUUGACAACUGUUAAUUUGUCUGGAAAUAGAAUUAAAACGCUAAGCAAUAAAGUGUUUUCAGCCUGCCCUAAACUGAUAAAAGUAGAUCUUUCAUACAAUAUGUUAACCGAACUGAACGACAAGGUGUUUGUAAAUAAUGUUAUUCUAAGUAAACUGUAUCUCCAAGGCAAUCCACUGAAAGUUCUUUCAGUUGAAACAUUCAGCUUUACACCAGUAUUGACUUUACUGGACAUCAGCAAUGGCGAAUUAACGUCACUGUGGAAAGAGCAAAAAAGCUUGCCUAAAACUUUACUGAAUCAUUUAAAAUUCUUGAAUGUAUCUCGCAACCGAAUUACUGAAAUCAAAGACAAAGAAAUCGCUACAUUCAACCAACUGCGCACUUUUGAUGUCAGAUUCAAUCCCUUGACGUGCAGUCACGAGUUUGAAAAUUUCAUGAUUUGGUUGAAUAAGAAUAAUGUUUCACUGAACUCAGACACAGCAAGUAUCGCCAAUUUGGCAAGAGAUAGCAAAGAUGAUUCUACAACAUACAGUUGGGAAUCCCUUACAAAGAAAGUAUGUGGAAAUGUUAAUUUCUUACACCCUGUCGAACCAUUGCCAGAAGUAUCGGACGAAGAAAUAUGGGAAAGAAUUGACAAGAAUGCCGAAGGCGACUUUGACUUGAGAAACGCUUUGGGUGACGCUUCAAAUGCAAUUGAUGAGGUAAACGACAACAAAAUUAUUCCAAGAAAAGACUGGAAACUUGACGACAUAAAAGAUGAAGAUGACAUGAACGAUAAUGACGCUGAUGAUGAGGCAGAUGAUGAUGAUGACGACGACGAUGAAGAUGAAGAUGCUGACGGCGAAGAAGAAUACGACGACGACGACGAUGCUGAUGACGAUGUCGAUCUUAAAAUUAAAUUGAUCGAGAAAUCCACCAUCAAACCCGUUGUUCCUAAAGUUAUAUCAAAAGUAGAAAAGGAAAAAAUUCAGAUCGGCGUGAAACUGUUAGAAAAUGACAGUCUGUACGACGAUAUGGAGCCUGAAGUAUACAUGAAGGCGUCCGUGUACGACCUGGAGGUGCACGGCAGCUACGACUACCUGUGGCCGCUGCUGAUCUCCAUCCUCGGAGCUCUCUUACUGCUGAUCGUGAUUGCCAAGGUGGUCAUGGUAGUCUGCAGUAGGAGAAACCAACAGAUAAGAUACAACAGUGCCAUAAUAGCCGCCAUGAGUAACCCUAACCGCACGAAGAAGGACUGCGGCUUGGUAUACCAGCAGUUGUCCGAGGACCUGACAGGCCCCGCGACCCCUAAACUGAAUCGCUACCAACCGCUGCACAGCGUCACCGUCAAUGCGGCCAACAUGUCGUACGAAAGCAGUCCUUUCCACCACAGCAAUAUCGUACCCGAAGCGGUGUGAACCACCACUGACAGUAUUGUAAGUUAGAAUUUACACUCAACUAACAACUGCCUUAACUUUUACAUAAGCAGUAAGGUGAUUGAAACGAGCGCUAGUCAUAGAACAAUACAAAACAAAAUUAAUAACACAAGAGUUAUUGGAGUCUCCUUCUAAGUUGCUUACUUUAAAAGGAGACUGUUAACAACCUGCUGCAGUACAGUGCCUUCAUCAUCUCUUCUCGAACAACACGUCGACCGAUGUUUGCAUCUAGCGCUUUAUUAUUAAAAGUAACAAAAGUCAAAUUACAACAAAUUAAUUUAAGAUAUACAUAUUAUAUAUUAUACAAAUUAGUUGAUAGGGUAUUUUAUGUACUUAAAAUUAUUAAAAAUUAAACACUA